AUGUCCAUCAAUUGGGUUAUGCUUGAUGGUUCGCAGGGAUUUGUGCGUUUACCUGGAGAGCGAAUCAUUCACACAUCUUCACCAAGAAUAGCUCUAGCUCUAACUACUCCGACCACUUAUCCUGGAAACAACCCGUUGUCUAUUCAUUGCAAUUCAGGCAUUGCGUAUCUGACCAAUCAGAGGAUUGUUUAUCUUCCCGAAAAGGCCACCCCCGAGUUCCAAUCAUUCUCAGCACCGCUUCUCAAUCUUCAUGAUUCUCAUCCAGUAUUCCCUUGGUUUGGACCAAACUCAUGGCAAUCGGUAUUACAACCUGUACCAGGGGGUAAUCUUCCCAGCACGCAGGCAGCCAUCGAGCUGAAAUUGACCUUCAAGGAGGGUGGAGUGACAGAUUUCAGCCCUGCAUUCAAACGAAUCAAAGAGAGGUUGCAGCAAGUCGUUUCUGCGGCUCGUGCUGAGAAUCAGACUGGUCGACGACAGGAUAGUUACCUUGGGGACGUGAACCUGGAGAAUGUACAUCUGGACCAGCUACCAUCAUACCAAGAAUCGGGGCACGACAGGGUAGCACCGGUCAUUACAACCACAGAUGCGGAUGACCUCAUUCAAUCACCGGGAUCCAUAAGUCCGACAAUCGUCGCCGGAGCGAGAAGGACAGGCUCACCGGCGCCAGACGCACAGCCGCCAUCUGAUGCACCUCCUGGAUACGAAGAGACUCAACAGCAGAGCAUACAAGCAGAGUUGGAUCGAAGGUUCUCGCAGACUCAAUCAUAG